GACGACGAGAGCCGGCCGUUUGUGCUGCAUUAGAGCUAAGUGAGUCCGUGUGCCCAAGACACGUCCGGCUGCAGCCAAUCAGAGAAGAACAAAAUACCACUGCCAACAAAGGCAAGGGAGACUGGAAUAGCCACUCCUGGCUUGUUAGCCGUCAUCAGUCAGCCAUUCGCUACCCCGAGGUUCGAACUUACCACCCGCCGCUACUCCACCUACACUACGCGCCGCUGUGCGGCUGCUGGCGGUGCUCGGGAGAGAGCUCCAGGGCACGACAGGACUAGUGAGUUCCGUAAUGCGACCGGUGAGCGCCCCCAAUCACUAAAAAAAGUAUCCAUCGGUGUCACGGCGUCGCGGCUGAGUCAUACGCGGUGCAAGAAGUGACGACGGGUUUGGUCGCUGUCAUCAUGCCGAGCAGAUUACCACAAGCAUAAGGAAGUAAGGUUACACGGAAUAAGAAAUGGGCAGAAAAGUCGAGAAGAGAGGCCUGGAUGGCACACGUGGACGUCAGCUGCUGCAAAGACGGUGCUAUUUUUGCGUGAUUCCUAUCACCGGCGUUCUAAUGCAACGCACAUUUCUACCCUAACAGGUGCUGGUCAAAAAUCAGAAUCAGAUUUAAAAUGCACCAUCUGUAAUGAGAAAAUAACAUCCAAAUUAAAUAAUGACAGUUAAAUAACAAAUACUUCAUUAAUAUCGCCUUCAAAUCACGCCAGCAGUGUUUAUCCAAGUGCUCCUGCAGUGAGUGCUGUGGAACUCGUCGAUUUUCUUCAAAAUCUCAACCCUGCUGUCUAACCAUCUCUUCUCUACUUGCUGGGUGUGCGAACCUGUUUUCGGAUCAACGUUAUUUUCUUGGUAAUCGAUGGUUUUGUCAUCGUACCCAGUCUGAUUAAAACUCGUCAUAAUGGGUUGUUGAACCUGUUCCCACUCCGCGUUCACCGCUGGGGAUCAACGUCACUGCAUCUCACUUGAAUAUGUAGAGGCGCCUAACAUCGGUACUCUGACAAAAUCCAAUGACCUGUAGCAACAUUUAAGUCCGUUUUGUUUUACUCAGCUACAAUACGCUUUUUAAAGACAUUGACACAACUUUGAGUGAGGCAUAGAACAAGCACGUGCAUUUUUACCUGCUGACGACUUUGUUCUUAUUUACUACUUUGUAACUGUUGGAAUACUGCUAUCUUCGUUUUUUUGGAUAGCCUAUUCACUGUGCCCAACUAAUGGGUUUAUCACUUACAGACCAAUGGACCCUCAGUGGGUGAGCCGUGUUCGAUAUAAUUUUGUUCUGCAUCGUCAUCGUUUUCUUCGGUAGAUGCGUCCACACCUAAAAGAGGGACACGACUGUACUUACGGCGCCCUGCAAAUCUGGCUCCGACGAUUUGUUUUAGGUUUGUUGGCGAUCCAUUCAGUUUUCCUCUCCUGGCGACAGAUGCCAGUUCAGAGCAGACUCACCGGAAGUAACUGAACCAGGCAACCGCAGUACUUUGGGAUCUACCAGUAAGCUUUGAUACUUCUUCCAGUGGAAUUCCGUUGCCCCAGAGAUAUACUAGCUCUAAAAUCUCACAGAACUUCAAAUUACAGCAGUCCUAUACAUUCAUAUCACCAUAAUGCAAGAAUUCGUUCCCUUUUUCUUACCGAUCUAGCAGACUGGAAACUCCUUCUCCUGUACCUCCGUGCCGGCAUUUUCUGUCCACGGAUCUUCUUGUUCGUGAAUAUCACCUGCCCAUCGCACUUGCGGCAAGAUUCUUCCUCCACUGAGAACGCGUUUCGGAGAUGUCGUGACGCCGCCUCUUCACGGUACACCACUCCAGAAUAG